CCCGCCCGUCGUGCGCAUGCGCCGUGGCCGCGCGCUCGCUCCCGGGAGACGAUGGCGGGGGCCGCGCCGGGCGCCAUCAUGGACGAGGAGUACUUCGUGAGCGCGGCCGAGCGGGGCGACGAGGCGGACGGCGGCCAGGAGGAGGAGUAUGCCGAGGGGGAGGAUGACGCUGAGGUCCAGCAGGAGUGCCUCCACAAGUUUUCCACCCGGGACUACAUCAUGGAGCCCUCCAUCUUCAACACUCUCAAGAGGUACUUCCAGGCAGGAGGGUCUCCAGAGAACGUGAUCCAGCUCUUGUCAGAGAACUACACUGCUGUGGCCCAGACUGUCAACCUGCUGGCCGAGUGGCUCAUUCAGACAGGCGUUGAACCCGUGCAGGUGCAGGAGACCGUGGAGAAUCACUUGAAGAAUUUAUUGAUCAAACACUUUGACCCCCGCAAAGCAGACUCUAUUUUUACUGAAGAAGGAGAGACCCCAGCUUGGCUUGAACAAAUGAUUGCACAUACCACAUGGAGAGAUCUUUUCUACAAACUGGCUGAAGCUCAUCCAGACUGUUUGAUGCUUAACUUCACUGUUAAGCUUAUUUCUGACGCAGGGUACCAAGGGGAGAUAACCAGUGUAUCCACAGCCUGCCAGCAGCUGGAGGUGUUCUCUAGAGUACUCCGUACCUCUCUGGCUACAAUUUUGGAUGGAGGAGAAGAAAACCUUGAAAAAAAUCUUCCUGAGUUUGCCAAAAUGGUGUGCCAUGGGGAGCACACAUACCUGUUUGCCCAGGCCAUGAUGUCUGUGCUGGCUCAGGAGGAGCAGGGCGGCUCCGCCGUGCGCAGGAUCGCUCAGGAGGUCCAGCGCUUCGCCCAGGAGAAAGGCCAUGACGCCAGUCAGAUCACACUAGCACUAGGCACGGCUGCCUCCUACCCGAGGGCGUGCCAGGCCCUUGGGGCUAUGUUGUCCAAAGGAGCCCUGAAUCCGGCUGACAUCACAGUCCUGUUCAAGAUGUUUACGAGCAUGGACCCGCCUCCUGUUGAACUCAUCCGGGUGCCAGCCUUCCUGGACCUGUUCAUGCAGUCGCUCUUCAAACCCGGUGCCAGGAUCAACCAGGACCACAAGCACAAGUACAUCCACAUCUUGGCGUAUGCGGCCAGCGUGGUGGAGACCUGGAAGAAGAACAAGCGAGUGAGCAUCAACAAGGAUGAGCUGAAGUCGACGUCGAAGGCGGUCGAAACCGUUCACAAUCUGUGUUGUAAUGAGAACAAGGGAGCCUCUGAACUGGUGGCCGAGCUGAGCACACUCUACCAGUGCAUCAGGUUUCCAGUGGUGGCGAUGGGUGUGCUGAAGUGGGUGGACUGGACCGUGUCAGAGCCUCGGUACUUCCAACUUCAGACUGACCACACCCCGGUGCACCUGGCGCUGCUGGAUGAGCAUGAUACUCUUCAGGUCCCUCCAUGCUGUCUCAAAGGAUAUUGUACCAGCCUUACAUUCCCGGAAUAAUUCCCGCUUGGUCAUGGUGCAUUAUCUUUGUAAUAUAUUGCUGGAUCUGAUUUGCUAAUAUUUUGUUGAGGAUUUUAGCAUUUAUGUUCAUCAGGGAUAUUGGCCUGUAAUUAUUUUUCUUUGUGGUGUCUUUACCUGGUUUUGGAAUUAGGGUAAUGCUGGCCUCAUAAAAAGAGCUUGGAAGUGUUCCUUCCUCUUGGAUGUUGUGGAAUAGUGUGAGGAGGAUAAGUGAUCUUUGAAUGUUUGGUAAACUCCCCUGUAAAGCAGUCCCAGGCUUUUGUUUGCUGGGAGUUUUUUGAAUACUGCUUCAAACUUCCUAAGUUUUUAUUGGCCUACUCAGGCUUUCUGAUUUCUUCCUAAUUCCGUUUAGGGAGAUUGUAUUUUUUCUAGGAAUUUGUUCAUUUCAUACACAUUGUCCAGCUUGUUGGCAUAUAGUUGUUCAUAGUAUUUUCUUGUGAUCCUUUGUGUUUCUGUGGUGUCAGUGGUUAUUUCUCUGCUUUGGUUUCUGAUUUUACUUAUUUGGGUCCUCCCUGUUUCUUGAUGAGUCUGGCAAAAGGUUCAUCAAUUCUGUUUAUCGUUUCAAAGAACCAGCUCUUGGUUUCAUGGAUUUUAUGUAUUGCUUUUUUAGUCUAUGUCAUUUAUUCCUGCUCUAAUUUUUAUUAUUUCCUGCCUUCUGCUUGCUCUGAGCUUCCCUUGUUGUUCUCAUUAUUUGAGUUGUAGUGUUAAGUAGCUUAUUGUUGAUUUUUCUUGUUUUUUGAGGUAGGCCUGUAGUUCUAUGAACUUCCCUCUCAGGGCUGC